UACAACAGAAACACGGCGACGUGGAAGCGUGGAACAUGUCAUGUACGCGCGUCUCCCCUUGUGAUCAACAGGGCUUUCCCAAUACUUUUUAAACGCCCUUUUUCCACUACAGAUAAAGGUGUAUUUGAAAUAGUACAGAGGAUUAAAAACAACGGACAUUCUUAAUAUCGUGUAUAAAUGAACAUCUAUAGCCAUGGAUGAGGCAGUAGCGAUUAUUUUAAUAUCCGUUGCAAUGUUUUUGGGAUGUUUUCUAUUAGGUUUGAUUCCACUUUUGAUCAAACUUUCUGAGAAAAGGCUGCAGUUUGUCAGUAUAUUUGGUGCAGGCCUGCUCUGUGGUACAGCUCUGGCUAUCGUCCUCCCAGAGGGGGUGGAACUACUGGAAGAGUCAUGGAGAGUCUCCUCCUGCUCUGUGGCCCCAGCAGCAGCCAAUCAGAAUGCCAGUGACGUCGGGGUCGGACAUCAGCUCCAGGAAGAGGACCCCCGCUCUAAAGGCCUUCCAGCACGGUUCUUCAUCGGGGUCUCCCUGGUCGUAGGGUUCAUCCUCAUGUUUCUGGUGGACCAGAUCAGUAGCUACUGCUCCAUACAUGAUCCACGGACUGGAAUGUCCAACAGGACCAGCAUCACAGCUACACUAGGACUGGUCAUCCAUGCUGCUGCUGACGGUGUAGCGUUGGGUACAGCCGUGGCUUCCUCCCAGGUCACAGUUCAAGUCGUGGUGUUCCUGGCUGUGAUUCUGCACAAGGCUCCUGCAGCGUUUGGCCUGGUCACCUUUCUGAUGCACGCGGGUUUAGAGAAGAAGCAGAUUCAAAAGCAUCUCUUGGUCUUCUCUGCUGCAGCACCUGUUCUCUCCAUCAGUACAUACUUUAUCCUGAACGCGAGUGGCGGUUCGCCCCAACACCGUCUGAGCGCUACAGGUGUUGGGAUGCUCUUCUCCGCUGGGACGUUCCUCUACGUCGCUACGGUCCACGUACUACCAGAGAUCAGCUCCAGGGGGCAGCAGCAGCAGCAGCAGAGCUCUCCCCACCUCCACGGGACCGGGACCGGGCAGCUGGGGGUCCUGGAGAGCCUCACCAUGAUACUGGGAACAGGACUACCCGUGUUACUGGCCCUGGGACUACAUGAUGACUAGUCUUGUGAAUCGACGCUAUCCUAACCAAGUCUUGUUCAUAACUCAGCUAUUGAUAAUGAACAUCGAGAAUGAAUGUGAAGGAAGCCUGGAAAUCAAGUCUACACUAAGACUGACUAGUUAACGCAAAGAAGACACGUUUGAGAGUACACCUCGACUCUUACACAGCUACAGACCAUUGGGGGGUGUUUCUGUGUGUGAUGCAGUAUGUGAUCAGUGUCUUUAUCUGAGAGGUCAUAAGGACAUGGGUUUGAGUAAGCCAACAAAGGUAGGAAUAGAGUAUGUGUGUGUGUGUGUGUGUGUGUGUGUGUGUGUGUGUGUGUGUGUGUGUGUGUGUGUGUGUGUCAUGCAAAAGAGUGGGAUCAGAGAGAGAGAGAGAGAGAGAGAG